AUGGGAAACAUCCUCUCCUGCUUCAAAGGAAACCAAAUUGUUACACUUCUUGCCCGUGUUUUAAUGAGCAAGCUUGGCAUGAACUUCUCACUUGAUGAAUGGAAUAACGCUCGUCUUGAAGGUGAUGUUCAGACUCAUCUUGAAAACGCUAAGACUCUUGGUACAGACCUUUCAAAGGCCUCCAAGUCAAGUAUUUCAAAUCUUGAUAAGGCAGUUUUCAUCUGCAUUAAUACAUACGUUAGUGAGCAAAUCACACUUGGUGUUGGUCCAAUGAAUGAUGGUAUUAACGUAGCUGAAGCAAUGGCUGCUAAAAAGUGGCCUAUUUUCUUCCUUCACAACCCAACACAAGCCCAGUACUUAGAAUGGCUUGAUGUUUUCCUUGCUAACACAAAGUCAGAAUUGAUUACAUAUUACACAGGCCACGGUACUCAAGUUGAUGGCGGUGAUGGACAAGAAAACGACUCAAAGAAUGAAGCCUACGUUUUCGAAAACGGUUCUCAAGUUGAGUGCACACCAGAUGAUACCCUUCAAAAGCAUUUGGUUCAAUACAAGACAAAUGCAAAUCUUAAGGUUAUCCUUCUUUCAGAUUGCUGCCACUCUGGUACAAUUUGGGAUCUCAACAAGUCAGAUUCACCACAGAAUUGCAUUUCAAUCUCAGCUGCUCAGGAUAAGCAAACAGCUAAGCAGACACAGGUUGAAAGUAAGGAGCAAGGAAUCUUCACAUACUACCUCAUGAAGUUCCUUGAACAGAACCCAACAGCUACACCAAACUGGCUCGGAGAACAGAUGCUCCCAUAUCUUACAAAGUUCCAACAGAACUUCACAGUCCAGACAUCCACACAAUCAUUGCUUGAUUCAUCUUUGCUUUAA